AUGGAUAGAAGUUGGAUUUAUACAAGUGCACCAUUUUCGCCGGCCUUUUUGUCUGGUGUUCAACACUUCAUGGAAUAUGUCAGAGCUAGAUGUACUAGUGUAGAUGAGAAAAUCAAGUGCCCAUGCCGAAAGUGCUUGAACCAGAAAGAGAAAAGCCUAGAUGAUGUGCACGAGAAUAUCGAGCUCAAUGGUAUGUCUAGGUGCUAUAUUAGGUGGGCCCAUCAUGGAGAGGAAGAAGAUGAUGUUGGACAAGAUGAUGAUGGAGAACUCGCUGAUCUACCUGAAGAUAUGUCAUGUAAUGGAACUGACCAAGGCCAGGCACCACUUGAUGAGGAAGGACAAGCUGAAGAUGUCAUAGAUGAUGGUGCAAGGGGAGUUCAGGGGUUGAUUCAAGAUUUGCGCGACGCAGCAAGCCAUGGCCUCGGUGGUAACUUAUAUAAACAACUCAUGGAAGAGGCAAAGCGUGAACUUUAUCUAGGUUGCACCGAGGAGAGUAGGCUAUCUUUCAUGAUUAAACUGCUGCAUAUAAAAGUGUACAAUCGGAUAACAACAUCUGGGUUUGAUGCAUUCCUUGAGUUGCUUUCUUCAACUUUGAAGAAUGUGCCCGGAAUUCCUAAGUCAUAUAACGAGAUGAAAGCUGUGCUUCGGAAGCUUGGUUUUGGUUAUGUUUCUAUUGAUGCGUGCAAGUAUGAUUGUGCCUUGUUUUGGAAGGACCAUGAAGGCGAUGAUCAUUGCCCAGUUUGUGGCUUCACAAGAUGGAAAGUGAACAAGGAGGGCAGAAAGAAAGUUCCUCACAAGGUCCUCCGUUACUUUCCAAUAAUUCCACGCCUUCAAAGGCUUUUCAUGUCAAAGCAGCGGGCACAAUAUGCAAGAUGGCACAAGGAAAAGAGGGUACCCGUUGAAAAUGAAAUGAGACAUCCUGCUGAUGGGGAAGCUUGGAAAGAUUUUGAUGAGACUUUCAAGUCUUUUGUAGAUGAUCCCCGCAAUUUGAGGCAAAAAUCACCAGGCAAAGAUUUCCAUGUGUUUAUGCAGCCUUUGAUAGCAGACCUGAUGGAGCUUUGGAAGGGUGUAAAAACUUAUGAUGCAGUUGAAGGCAAAGACUUUAGCCUGCGUGCAGCGAUUCUGUUUGGAAUCCAUGACUACCCUGCAUUGGGCACCAUGUCAGGCAGAACCACUAAGGGUUACUUUGCAUGUGUAUACUGUGAUGAGAAUCCAUGCUCCGAAUGUCUUAGAAACAAAAUUGGUUUCAUAAACCAUAGACGUUUCCUCCCUAACGACCAUGCUUGGAGGACAAACAAAUCUUUCAAUGGCAAGCAUGAAAAAAGAGAGCAGCCAAGGAAAUUUACUACAGAUGAGGUUAUGGCAAGGUUGGAUUCAGUUUGCUAUGUUCCAGGCAAGAAUCCAGAUAAGCCAAAACCAAGAAAACGAUGCCGUAAUGUAGAUGAACCAGUAUGGCAUCUGAAGGUUAGCUUGUAUGAUUUACCAUACUGGUCAAAAUUGAAGCUACAGCACAACCUUGAUGUUAUGCACAUAGAGAAAAACAUAUGUGAAACCAUUUUGUCAACUCUGCUUAAUAUCCCAAAUAAGACAAAGGACACCAUCACUGCUAGACUAGAUUUGGAGGAUAGAGGUAUAAGAAAAGAGCUUCAUUUGCUAGAUGACAGUGGUAGUUCAUCAUCAAAGCCAAGAGCUUGUUACGUUCUAAAACCAGAAGACAAGAAGAAGUUCAUGCAAUUUGUGAGCAAUGUUAAGUUUCCAGAUGGCUAUGCCUCCAAUAUAUCAAGAUGUGUCAAUAUGGAGGGAGGAGGAUCAAUCCAUGGGCUGAAAACACAUGACUGUCAUAUAAUGCUGCAGCAUAUUUUACCAGCUGGCCUUCGUGGUUUGGUGCGCAAAGAUGUAUAUGAAGUAAUUGCUGAAUUGGGCAGCCCUAUUAGUAGAGACCUCAUCGAGAGCAUCCGUCGACAAAAACAUAUUGCUCAAGGUGAUGAAGCAGACCGCGAAGAUGAAGAUGAAACCUACGUUGAGUACCAUAGUCCAAAAGAAGGCAAUACUUCAGGAGAAGACAGUGAUGUUGAUUGA